GAAGUCCAUUUAAACAUGGCGACUUUUUGGAAGCGUUUCUUCCAUUUUAUCUUAAAAAGCAUACAUUUUGCAGAAACAAUAACUGUUUUCAGCUUUAAAAUCAGAUGUUAAAACUGCUGCUUCUGAUAUCUGAAUUUGAAUCAAUGAUUAGAAAAUGAUGCAAGAAGAGUUCUCGACAAAUUUGCAAAAGCAGAAGAAAAGCAGUUCAAAAAUGUAUCUUAAUGAUAAAAAUGAAGAUGAAGGCUAAAGGUAGAAAAUGCACCUAUGCAGACAUAAAUCACAGGAUCAAGUUUCAUAAUGCUGCAUGUUUAAUGACAUAAGCCUGUGCAAAACCCUUGAAAUGAUGAGAAGUAAACUCAAGAGUUAUAAAAAAAAAAGUGGGCCUUUGAUCAAGACUCUUCUUAGACAUCUUCAGACUAGAACUGCAUGAAGAGACCCAUCAUUUUAAGACAGUCCUUAAUCACCAGAGAUGGCAAACGUGGACAAACUCAUCAUGCAGAUAUGAGACUGUGGGCCAUUCCAGAUGAAGAUUGCCACACUUCGUCCAUUUCCAUUAAUAGUUUUCGCUUUUGUAGUUGUUGGAGUUGUUUUCUUAGGCCACACUCUGGAUCACCGGUGCUGGAGUCCUGGAGCUGAGGGCCUCUGGGAGGAAUGUGGAUGGAGUGAGGUCAGGGUGCGGGACGUGACCAUUCCCCACUCAGAACAGUCUGGAUCUUUCAGCCGUUGUGAGAGAUUUGCAGUGGACUGGAGCGAAAGCCAAAAGAAAUGUGAUGAACUUGACUGGCAGUGGAUUUCUAAUGCAACCCAGCCGGUGGCAUGCAAAAGCAGAUGGGUGUUUGAUGAAAACCGCACCACUACUGUUUCAGAGUGCCCCCCUUUCUAUUCUCGUCACACACAUUUAUUUGUGUUCUUUGGGUUUUACUUGUUUUGUUUUACUGUGAUAAUCAUGAAAUCACAAAGAAAAACAGCGUUAAUCUGUGUGUUUCUUGGAAUUCCUUCCCACCUAGUUUUCAGAUCCUGGCUCCACGACCUGAAUCAAGUUUCCCUGGCAUGUGGAUUUUUCAUUGGAACUUUUGUGACAGGUUACCCAGCUGUCAGGUUUAUUAUGCACCAAUGACAACACAUUUUUUUCUUUUCACCAACAAAUCAAUUUAGACAUACCCCUCUAACUCC